AUGGAGGAGGGCCACGGAAAGAGGGAGGAGGGCCACGGAAAGAGGGAGGAGGCCCACGGACAGAGGGAGGGGGGCCACGGAAAGAGGGAGGGCGGCCACGGACAGAGGGAGGAGGGCCACGGAAAGAGGGGAGGAGGGCACGGAAAGAGGGGAGGAGGGCACGGAAAGUGGGAGGAGGGCCACGGAAAGUGGGACGAGGGCCACGGAAAGUGGGAGGACGGCCACGGAAAGUGGGAGGAGGGCCACGGAAAGUGGGAGGAGGGCCACAGAAAGUGGGAGGAGGGCCACGGAAAGAGGGGACGAGGGCCACGGAAAGUGGGAGGAGGCCACGGAAAGUGGGAGGAGGCCACGGAAAGUGGGAGGAGGCCACGGAAAGUGGGAGGAGGCCACGGAAAGUGGGAGGAGGGCCACGGAAAGUGGGAGGAGGGCCACGGAAAGUGGGAGGAGGGCCACGGAAAGUGGGAGGAGGGCCUCGGAAAGUGGGAGGAGGGCCACGGAAAGUGGGAGGAGGGCCACGGAAAGUGGGAGGAGAGCCACGGAAAGUGGGAGGAGGGCCACGGAAAGUGGGAGGAGGGCCACGGAAAGUGGGAGGAGGGCCACGGAAAGUGGGAGGAGGGCCACGGAAAGUGGGAGGAGGGCCACGGAAAGUGGGAGGAGGGCCACGGAAAGUGGGAGGAGGGCCACGGAAAGUGGGAGGAGGGCCACGGAAAGUGGGAGGAGGGCCACGGAAAGUGGGAGGAGGGCCACGGAAAGUGGGAGGAGGGCCACGGAAAGUGGGAGGAGGGCCACGGAAAGUGGGAGGAGGACCACGGAAAGUGGGAGGAGGGCCACGGAAAGAGGGGACGAGGCCACGGAAAGAGGGAGGAGGGCCACGGAAAGAGGGGACGAGGGCCACGGAAAGAGGGGACGAGGGCCACGGAAAGAGGGAGGAGGGCACGGAAAGAGGGGACGAGGGCCACGGAAAGAGGGAGGAGGGCACGGAAAGAGGGGACGCCGAGCAAUUAG